AAAAUAAAAUUUACUAUCGCUAACAGACUAUACGUCUUUCGUAACUACUCUUCACAUAAUCCAGUAAAGGCACAGAGAGUCGUGAUACGAUUGUACAACCUACAAGUCGUGCAGACCACUAAGUGCCACAAAUCCCCUGUCCGGGGAUCCGCACUCUAUAACUCAGUUUUCAACGACACCUACCACUGGCAAACACGUUGAGUUCAGAAUAAAUAUACGAAAGUGAAAAUAUGUUUCGGAUAUGGCCGUGAUAAAUCUAAUUUUUGCAAUAUUACUCUUAAAUCGAGUCACGUCACAAACAAGCCGAACCGCCUCACAUCAAGAGAGCGCCUUAAAUACAUUACAAGAAAAUUCAACAGAAACAAUUUUUACCUUGCAAACCCGACAAAUCCGUGCUACAUCGGAAACGCCGCUCAGGGCCGGCACCGGAAACAAUCUACAUACCGUUGAAAGUACAGUGCCGAACGACCGACACCCACCGCAACAGCAUUACCAAGCAAUCUCCGCGAUUUACUCAAUAAAACCUAAGGAUAAAAAACGUGCUGUAGACGAAAGAAACGAUAAAUCGUUUCUAUUGAAUAAAAAGUUAUUACAAAAUGAUAUUUUUAGAAAAAACCUUUCUAAUCCAAAUCGAUUGGUUUGGGAUAAUUGUUUAGAACCGAAUUUUAGAAAUAAUCUCCGUAAUUUAGUUGAAAGUCCAAGAGACAUGGAUGAUGAUAAUAAUGAUUUACCAACUAUUCAAAAUAAUAAAGAAACUGGUAAUAUAUUGAAUAAAAGAGAUGGAGAUACAGCGAAUAAUUUGACAAUAAUAAAAUCGUGGCUCGACAUAUACAAUAGUUUGAAAAACUCAAAAACGGAAGAAAGAAAGCAACAAAAGCAAGAUUUCAUUCCAGUGAAAAAAAUCACGCAACCUUUUACGAAUGCCGAUAUUACGACAAAUGUAGAAUCAACAACAACAGUUAGAAUUAUUCCCAUAACGAGAGAAAUAUUUAGAAAAAAUACCGGAGUAAUGAACGUAACCCAAAAUACAAUUAUAACAGAAAAUAAUAUAAAGGCAAGUUACACAGAGGACUGGUUUGUAGCAAAUGAUAAAAGUAAAAUAAGAUUUAGUGGUCUGCCACAUAAAGAAAAAUAUUUGAUACCAACUCUCAAGCUAGAAAAUGGAUUCUACCCUUUUACAUUUAUGUCUGAAUUUUUCACCUUGAUUUAUCCCUUUGACUUUCCAGUUGGUCUGAUCAAGGAUAUAGUGUGGGGAAAAUUUACAUUUCCUUAUUCAUUUUUACAGUCCAUAAAAAUUGAAUCGACUUUUCUUGGGUUCAUAGUGCUAUUCGCUUGUAUAGCGUUAGUGAUACCGUCGUAUCUCCUCGUUAUAAGUAUACUCUCAAUUUUUUCAAGAUCAAGAUGUGAUGAUGAAACAGAAACUGGAGCUUUAUUUCCAGAAGCACACGAUUCAGAUUGCAAUGAAAGGAUUUUUGUCUUUGUGACCCUGUUCACUAUUCUACUAUGUUGUGCUUUGAUAUCUGGAAUGGUAGUAAGCAAUGAACAAGCUCAUGAGGCAGCAGAAGAAAGCCGUAAAGUGAUCAGUUACGCAUGUGCAGACAUUGCCUCCUGGCUCUCAGCAGCCGCCAGGGAUCUGCACCACAGCCUUAUCCCGCCUGUUGAUCUCGUUUUACAUGCUUAUCAGGAAGAUCUUAAGGAUAUAGAACCACUGCUUGGCGAUCCUAUUCAACAUUCGAUUGCAUCUGAAAGUGGUAUCGACCUGGUCUUUGAUUCAUUAGCUGAUAUCAUAGAAGAAACGGAGGAUCUUUCUACAAAGAUAUCAUCUUUACGCGAAGUGAGCAUCAGAGCUGGGAACUUAGCAGCGACGGCGGCAGAGAGAAUCAAGGAUCUGGCCAGGCAAAUUGAGAAUUUAAAAAAAUUUUGCGUCGCCAAAGAUGCGCCUUUAUGUGACACUAUCAAUACAAACUCAUUAGUACUGCAACUGAAAUUUGAAUUAAUACUCCAAGAGCAACAGUUGCUACAAUUGCGCUCACUUGGUGUAAACAACAUGACCAAUGCCAUAUCUGCUGCUAGAAAAGACUUCAAAAGGUUGCCAUCAGUUAUAGCAACACAAACAGAACAAGUUAGGAGUGAUAUCUUGCGAGAUGUAGAAUCUCGUAAAGCAGCCAUUCACAGCUCAUCGAAAAUACUAAACGACAUAGUACGUUAUUUAACAUUGGGGCUGCACGAUUUAAAACGGGGUCUAGAGACUGAUCAUGAUAGAAUACAAAAAUACGACUUUUGGAGAUGGACUCUCAUGUUAGCUUGUCUCGUGACGUUUUCCAUUAUAAUGAUGAUGUUAUUACUUGGCAUAAUUUGUGGUUGUGCUCAUGCCAAAGGUCAUGGUAAAAGAACACUGCAAGUAUCUGCAGUGUGGCUAUGUUUUGGUUCUUUGAUAUUGUGGACAGUGGUAUCGGCUACAUUUCUGAUUACUGGACAUGCCGAGGUGUAUGUCUGUCAUGCAUUAUGGGACACACCGCAAUAUGAGACACUAGUAGCCCUUCUGGACAGGCCUUCACCCUUACUAGAGAAUGAUGAGGGUAUUUUCGAUUCGAUAUUCAGAGAAUUGAAUAAUGUUACAAUUGAUGUAUCUAUUAAGGAUGUAUUGAGGGACUGUGAAAAAGAUCGUCCAGCCUAUGUAGUGUUUCAACUUGACAAAAUACUAGAUGUAAACAAAGAAACCUCUUACUUCGAGUGGCAAGAACUGCAAACAGACCUAGGCCGAUUGUCUUCUACGAUAGACGUGGGGCUAUUAAAGACAAUAUCGUUUAAGUUCAACAAACUCUUGAACCAAAUGCUAAUUGUUUCUGAAGUCAAGCUAGCUAAUUACAGAAUGGAAUACAAUGGAGCUGUAGUUGGCAAGGACUUGCCAUCAUUAGUGGACCAACUCGAGAACAUCGCCGCUCAAGUAUCGGACCUCACUACUGCGGGAAGAUUGGAGACUUUGGCUACAAGAACACAGAGAUUAUAUCAGACUAAUAUAAAACCACUGGAACAUUUGCGUGCAGAAGUCGUGUUUAAAUUGACAGAAUUAGAACUUCAAUUGAUGCCAUUCAGAAGAAAACUAAACAUAUCAUUAAGUCAUAUCCACACAGCUCAGUACUACAUCGACAACCAAGGCGAGGUUAUUGCUCAGAAGAAAGUAUCAAUGUACGUAUCACGUUUGAUCUCACAUACUGCGAGCUGGCGUACACACGUUCUACAAUCAGUCGGAAAAUACGCGGCUCGGUGCAAUCCGCUUUUCUCCGUAUAUUCAGCAUUAAGAACUCUGCUGUGCAGUAAAUAUAUUGCUUCUAUGCAUGGCUGGUGGCUGUGCGGUUUUCUGCUUGGCCUUACGUGGUGCACCACAUUAACACCAUUAUGUGUUAAACUUUGGCGAUCAUACAGUCGAAAGAUCAGAUCACUCGAAGCUAUCACUUUGUCCAAUUUAAAUUCUGGUCAACAAGAAACACCAACCACUGCUCUUUGCGAUGGCAGUAACUGGAACACUCCUGGACCACCACCUCCCAGAAGCGACAGUUGGUGACAAUAAAAAGAAAACAACAGAAGAAGAUUACUUCAUUAAUUAAGGCGCAAAAUGAACUCUUGUUGCUACACAAGCACAAAACAAAUAUAAUAUUUCCAAUAAAACAUCUCCUGAUGUAAAUCUUAACAAAUAUUAUUAAUGAUUACUAUUGUUAAAAUAAAUAACAUUAUUAAUUGUGUAGUACUGAUCAAUUAAAAAAUUGUAAAUUUUAACUUACAUUAUCAUUAUCAUCAUAAUUUCAUUCUGUUUCAUUUUUAUAUAAUACUGCUAAAACAUUGGAUAACAAGACUUGCUUUUCAACA